AUGCGUCUCACAUAUCGGACAUUAGGCCCAUUUGUCGGUGCCAUUGCUAAGAAGCUCGAACAUUACAGCCAGUUCCAACCAUCAUCGCUUUCCAUACAGCAAUAUCUGGAUUUUGGCCGAAUUGGUACCGCUGCCACAUCAUACACAUUUUUGAAGAAUGAACUUAUGGUGCGGCUCGCCAAUAUUAGGCAGGAGUUUUCUUUACUGCCUCCUAAAUUACUACAAAUGCCGAGUUCUAAACUGGUCAGCAGUUGGUAUUGCGAAAGUUUCGAGGACCUGUUGAAGUAUGAGAGUGCUGCUGCGUCAACGGAAAAUAUAGAGGCUUUCAACGAACAACUUCAGACAAUUUUGAAGAGACAUGCUCAUGUCGUUGAAACAAUGGCGGAGGGCCUCAUCGAGUUGAGGGAAACCGACGGUGUUGAUAUCGCCAGUGAAAAAGGCAUACAGUACUUCUUGGAUAGGUUUUAUAUCAAUCGUAUUUCCAUACGUAUGCUUCAGAAUCAGCAUUUGGUCGUAUUCGGAAAUGUUCUUCCGGAAAGCCCAAGGCAUGUCGGCUGCAUCGAUCCAGCAUGCGAUGUCGAAAGUGUUGUUCAUGAUGCUUUUGAAAAUGCAAGGUAA